GCUACAGCUCUCAGCGAGUCGUCCUCCAUCCAGAGCGACGGCCUGUACCAGCUGAGCCGGGACUUCUCCGGGGCGGGGGGGGGACCCCGCUCCACGCCCUACAGCCUCCUGGAGCCCCAAGUCUUCAAGGAAGAGCCCGAGGAUGAGGAGGUUCAGAGUCUGCUGCAGCGCAACAGCAUGGACAUCCCUCCUGCAGAAGACAAGACCCAGGUCAUGGGGCCAACGUCGAGCCCUCAAGCCAGCUGUGAAGGCCUCCACUUCUGUGACGGGCGACGAAAGGUCGACUACGUUCUGGUUUUUCACCACCGCCGGCACGGCUCGAUACGAACUCCCGCUGGUGGCUCCGUUUCACGGGAUCAGGUGUCCGUCGUCUCCAAUGGCAACUUCCCUCAGACGGUGGGCUCCGAGGCGGUGGCGGCAGAAGGAGGAGGAGGAGGAGGAGGAGGAGGAGGCGGCGUUGUGAGAGUGGAGGCAGCGAGUGCCGGCGAGGUGUUCGUGGAACUCCAGGGUGCGAAGGGGAGUGAGCCGAUGGAGCCGGCUGACCACGAGAUGCACCUCAUCAGGCAGGAGUUCGAGGCCAACCUGCUGGAGGCCGGCCUGGAGAUAGAGAGAGAGAGGGAGUUUAAGACCCAUGGACCCACAUUCACACGGAUCCAUGCACCGUGGCCCGUCCUGUGCAGAGAGGCGGAGUUUCUCAAGAUAAAAGUCCCCACCAAGGCGAGUUAUGAACUGAGAGAAGAAAGCGGGUUCGGGUCCAGGAUGAGCACAGUGUGGAGGAAAGUGAAGCAGCCCUUCCAGCCCAAAGUAUCCCAUCAGGACCAGGGAAGCACCAAGUUCCUCUCUCACUGCUUCUCCAGGGACAAGCUCCACCUAUACAACAUCACGUCUAAAGACACAUUCUUUGACAACGCCACGAGGGGCAGAAUAGUGUACGAGAUCCUGAGACGGACGGUGUGCGUGCGAACAUGUCAGACUAUAGGCAUCAGCACGUUGAUCGCUAAGGGAGUGUACGACGCUGCCUUCCCUCUUCACGACGGCGACUUCAAGGUCCUGGGACACCUGGAGGAGCGGAACGACAGACAGCUCCUGCACGAAGAGUGGGCCCGAUACUCGGCCUUCUACAAGUACCAGCCCAUUGAUCUGGUUAGGAAGUACUUUGGGGAGAAAAUCGGCCUGUACUUCGCCUGGCUCGGCGUUUACACCCAGCUGCUCAUCCCGGCCUCCAUCGUGGGGAUCAUCGUGUUCGGCUAUGGGGUGGCCACCGUGGACACCAACCUACCCAGCUUGGAGAUGUGCAACGAGCACCUCAACUUCACCAUGUGUCCCCUGUGUGACGGCGCCUGCGACUUCUGGCACCUGAGCACGGCCUGCGGCACCGCCAGGGCCUCGCACCUCUUCGAUAACCCCGCCACCGUCUUCUUCGCCAUCUUCAUGUCCCUCUGGGCCGUGCUGUUCCUGGAGCACUGGAAGCGCCGCCAGAUCAGUCUAAGCUUCAGCUGGGACCUGACCGGCAUCGAGGAGGACGAGGAGCACCCCCGACCGAGGUAUGAGACCAUCCUCCUCCAGAAAAAACAGAAGAAGCAGAAGAAUACGAAAAAGAAGAAAAAGAACGAGACCGAAGCUGACAAGUUGACUUGGAAAGACCGUCUUCCUGGAUACUUCAUCAACGUUUCCUCCAUCCUUUUCAUGUUCGGGCUGACGUUUUCGGCGGUGUUCGGCGUGAUCAUCUACCGGAUUACUGUGUCGGCUCUCAUGGCGAUGAGCCCCGACCCGGAGACCAAGUCCAACGUUCGGGUGACGGUGACGGCCACUGCGGUCAUCAUCAACCUCGUGGUCAUCCUGAUCCUGGACGAAAUCUACGGGGCUGUGGCGCAGUGGCUAACUGAGCUAGAGAUUCCCAAGACAGAAACCAACUUUGAGGAGCGUCUCAUCCUGAAAGCCUUCCUGCUGAAGUUCAUGAACGCGUACGCGCCCAUCUUUUACGUGGCGUUCUUCAAAGGCCGGUUCGUGGGUCGACCUGGGAAUUACGUGUACGUCUUCAACGACUAUCGGAUGGAGGAGUGUGCUCCGGGAGGCUGCCUCAUCGAGUUGUGCAUCCAGCUCAGCAUCAUCAUGCUCGGGAAGCAGCUGAUCCAGAAUAACAUCUUUGAGAUCGGCAUCCCGAAGUUGAAGAAGCUGAUUCGUGCGAUCAAGGAGAAAAAGUCCACGACGAAGGAGCGUCACGAGGAGCGACCGCCGCAGCAGUGGGACCUGGACUACGCCUUGGCUCCGUUUGAGGGCCUCACGCCAGAGUACAUGGAAAUGAUCAUCCAGUUUGGUUUCGUCUCUCUGUUCGUGGCGUCUUUCCCGCUGGCUCCUCUCUUCGCCCUUCUGAACAACGUCAUCGAGAUCAGAUUGGACGCCAAGAAGUUUUGCACAGAGCUGCGCAGGCCGAUCGCCGCACGCGCUAAAGACAUCGGUAUAUGGUACAACAUACUCAGUGGGAUGGGGAAAUUGUCCGUCAUUAUAAAUGCCUUCGUGAUCGCCUUCACGUCGGACUUCAUCCCCCGGCUCGUCUACCAGUACAUGUACAGCCAGACCGGCACCAUGCACGGCUUCAUCGACCACACGCUGUCCUACUUCAACGUGACCAACUUCAAGGCCGGCUCGGCGCCGCACCACUCCACCCACGGGGACAUCUCCGUCUGCCGGUAUAAGGACUACAGGGAACCCCCCUGGUCUGCAGACGCGUACCAACUCUCCAAGCACUACUGGUCGGUCCUGGCUGCACGGCUGGCCUUUGUCAUCCUGUUCCAGAACCUGGUGAUGUUCCUGGGCCUGAUGGUGGCCUGGGUGAUCCCGGACGUUCCCAAAACCAUCUUGGAGCAGCAGAAACGAGAGAAGAAGCUCCUGGUCAACCUGUUCCUACAGGAGGAGAAGGAAAAGUUCCAGCUCAUCCAGAGCCUGUUCGUGAAGGACGCGUCCCUGCAGCCCGGCGGGCGAGCGGCCGACCCGGGCCGGGGCCUCCCCGUCCCGGGCCGCUACAGUACUCUCCCCUCGGGCACCGCGGCCGGAGAGGGCCCCCGGGUGAGGUGCCGGGCCGCCAGCUUCAGCCAGUUCAGCGGCAACGCCUCCUCAUCGCCCAAGAACCAGAACGAGAACUCAAAGCACACGGCGGUGUGACGAGCGCCGCUUCCAUCGUCGGGGGUGUUUCGUCCGGGGCCUCCGGGCUGCAACGCGAGGGACUCAGUCUGUGUACGUCGUUACCCGAGUCUUACGUGUCCCGGUGUGAGUGACAAGAGGAGGGCGGCGAGGCGGCGAGGCGCUCAUCACGGCUCAACUCAGCGUCAGAAUUUGUGCAGGGCCUGCGACGUCCGCACAGAGCGAGUGGCUCCGCCUCGCUCCUGCUCGCACGACUGUUCACCUGAUAAAGUCUUGUUAUUUUUACUUUUUGGUAAAAAUUCAUUAUUUAGUGAGGCACAAAAGGCUUCAUAGCGUAGAGAAGCAAUAAUUACUAUAUUAGGCUAAAUAACUGAAUAUCACAGGAACCUUGAAGAACUUCUGUAUUUACUAACAGGUUAAAUAUUAAGCACUCAUGAAGGGACUAGUGAACAUUGUGGCUUACCGUUAGGACUGUCUGCUAAGUGUUUCCUGCUUCAUGUGCAUUCGCUCUUCCUGUUUUUGUUUACAGGUUUUGUAGCGUUUACAACACUUUUCUGUACUUUUUUCCCCUCCUCGGUAUAAUUCAGGAGUCACUCUGAACAGAUUGCAGACCUUACGACGGGCGUACCGUAACUGACGCCCCGGCUGCCGGUCAUAAUCCAUCCAUCCCUGAUCC